AUGGAUGACGAGUUUGAAUACGAAGACUACGAGGACUAUGAGGACGACGACUACGACAUUGAGACCGUCUCUCACUCUUCGCACGACUUCAUCGAUGAUAACAACUAUACACUGCAUGAGGACGAAGACAAUGAGCUCUCCGUCCAAGUGAUUGAAUCGGACGAAGAGUCGGUGGAAAACGAGCGCCAAAUGGAUGUCCAAAAUGAUGACAACCACUCGAGUGAGUCAAAUGCGGCCAAUGAAGCAGAUGUCGCACUCGGGAGUGAAGAUAACAGUGACACCAAAGACGUGAAACCAUUACGCAAUGCACGCUACGAAACAUGCGUUCUUUUGACACUAUUAACAACGUAUUAUACGUGCCUCAACACCUGGUUAUGCCCACUGGUAGUCAACCACAGGAAUUCAACACCAGUAGACAAACCAGCCGCUACAUAUCUGCAGUGGUUGGACCCUCGGAACCGUCAGAACCAGAGGUGUCCUCAAUGCAACUUUAAGGCCAAACGCAAAGACAUUCGUCUCCUUUACGCCAGAAAUCUUCGGGCUUUGGAUACGAGUGAAAGAGACGCCUCUCUUGAGCUGUUGCGGAAGGAAAGGGUGUUGAGGCAGAGGUUGGAAUCGGAAGCGAUCAUCAAUUCAGUGAAAUUGAAGUCAGCCCUCGAGGAGAACGAGAGGAUUAAGAAGGAGUUAAUGACAUGUCAGCAAAGGAUCCAACACUUGGGCUCGAGCUCUAGAAUCACUGAAAAUAUCAUUAAAAGUAAGACAAUGACGGCUUUGAAUAGUAGAAGUGCUGAUCGGUUCCAAUGCGUUAAAGAACUUGAGAUAAGCAAAAGUGGCGAAUGCAGACAUUUAGGGUAUUCCUCACUGUUUGAAGUGAUAGCUGUGUCUCAGCCCAACCCUAACCCCCAGUUAUUCCCGGGUUUUGGUAUCAGAAAGAUAUUUCUCAAUGACUUUAAAACCGAUAACAUAUGCAUUCACUCGAAGCCAAUCAAAGACUUGGAGAUCAAUGCAUACGACGGAACAGUUUUGACCACAUCUUCUGACAGAACCGUCAAAUUGACUUCACUUCUGAACAAAGCCUCCAUAAUGUCAUACAGUCUGCAAGUGGAGGCCUGGAGUGUAACCUUUAACCCCAAAAGCAAACAUGAAUUCUAUGUCGGACUAAAUAACGGCCAGAUUUUGCUAUUCGACAACAGAAUGAUGUCCACACAUAUGGAUCGACUCACCUCUGCUGACAGAUCACCCGUUGUCUCAUUAAAUCACAUCCAAUUCAAGUCGUCUAUCGGUUCAAUCGAUGGCAUACUUUCCACACAAUUUCAUAACUGCUGUUUCUAUGAGAGAAACAAAUCAUGCGAUUCAUUGAGUGCCGCAAACUUCUCAUCUCUUAAUAUCCCAUUUGAGGGCCGAUUCAGUUCCGCACACUUCGAUCCCAAAUCAGGUUUAGUCCUAUUGUCGUGUCGACCCUCGUCUAAACAUAACAAAGUCACUCAUUACGCGAUGGAACUGAAGGUGAGUGAAGACGAUGAUGACAUGCAUGUGAUAGCGCCAGAAGUGGUGCGGCGUUUCGAAGGUGGCAAACAACAGGUCAAACUGAGCCGUUCCCGUAUUUUUAGCCAUCCCUUCAACGAGAACUCUGCACUGAUUUGUUCGGGCGAUGAGGACUCCAAAGGAGCCCUCGUUUGGGACUUAAGUUCCGAUAAAUAUAUACAGAAACUAAGGAGCGAUUCGACGAACAUUAAAACUAUAGCACCGGAGGAGUGA